AAAAGAAACAUGAUGCACACAUACCAAGGAACUGCAAACAGUGUGGACUUUGGGCAAGUCUGAAAUCAUAACCAAAGAAAGCAAGAAAGAAAGGCAUCAAAGGUACCUCACACACUAUCUCGUCUACAAAGUCAAAACCAAAAACAACACAACACAGAGCCAGCAAAGAACCUUAGUGUUACUAUCAAUUACCAUUUAAGCCUCAUCUGACAAAAGGCAGCAAAAACCUCAAACUAUUCCAAGAACACCAUAAUUGUAAUUUCUCACAAAAGCCAACCCCAUCCUGUUUUCGGUUGACAAGCCAAACCUAUCUUUAACCACCUCUCUCUUGCUCUUCCCUGUCUUGCAGCAAAGCAAAGAGAAACCAAACUCAAAAAAUAAAAAAGAAAAAGAAAAUGAAUGGACUAGAAUCUGCAUGAUCAAUCCGUCAAACAUAGGAAAGUCAUUUUCACGAAGGCUGCAUCGAAAUUCAUACAGGAUAGAAAAAAUAGAAAUAGGGAGAACAAAGUCUUUGGAAAUUCAGUCACUUUUUUUUUUUCCUGUGUCUCAUAUUCAUACGCGGAUUCGGCUGAAUUUUUAAUUCUCUCUCUCAAUUUCUUUCCUCAUCGGUUCUUCUUAACCCUUUGAACAUUCAAACACCCACCCAACAACAACGACAACAACAACUGUUUCAUAGUCUCCCUCCUAUUCUCUUGCGUGUGCCGUUUGGAAAACGAGAAAGUUUUUCCCAGAACAUCCCCCAGAUCUGAAAGUUCCGCAAGUCUUUGCCUUUCUCCGUCAAAAUUACUGGGUUUCUAAAAUUAUCAUCUGGGUAUCGAAGACAAUUUCCCCAAAGAGAAAUUUCAACGAUUCGAAGCACGUCGUGGAUUUGGGAACCCUAGGAUUAAUUUAAUGGCUUCAGGGGCAAUUUUCUCGUCGCUCCGGCGGAGAAGGUCGCCGACGUUGGAAGCGUUUCUGGCCCCCGUUGACCUGAGCAACGUGGCGUUGGUUCAGACCCUUGUCUCGGUUGCGGGCGAGCUUGUAUCGUGCUUUUCGAAGAGUUCUUUCUUCUUUCAGCGCAAGAACUCGCGGUCUUUGAUACGAAAAGUUGAGGUUUUCCAGUUGCUUUUGGAGUAUUUGAGUGAUUCAGGUUCGUAUCUUCCACCUACCGCAGUGCUUUGUCUCAAGGAGCUCUACCUUCUUCUGUACCGGUCCAAGAUUCUGCUUGAUUAUUGCGCCCAAUCGAGUAAGUUGUGGCUUUUGCUUCAAAACCAUUCCAUUUCUGGUCACUUCCAUGAUUUGAACCAAGAGAUUUCAACCCUUUUGGACGUUUUUCCAAUUAAGGAUGUUGAGUUGAGUAAGGAUGUUAGGGAGCAGGUUGAGCUUUUGCAGAAGCAUUCAAGGAGCGCUAAGCUUUUUAUAGAUAUGAAAGAUGAUGCCCUCAGGGUUCGCUUUUUCUCUUUUCUUGAUGAGUUUGAGAACGGAAGGAUUCCUGAUUCUGCUGAAUUUCAAUCUUUCUAUGUUGAGGAGUUGCAAAUUUUGGAUGCUACCAGUUGUAGGAGUGAAAUUGAGGCUUUGGAGGAGCAGAUUGUUAAUCAUGAGGGUGACAUUGAGCCUACUAUUUCUGUGCUUAAUGGCUUGGUGGCUAUGACAAGGUAUUGCAGGUUUUUGCUCUUUGGCUUUGAGGAAGAUGAGCUUGAUUUGGAAAAUGGAAGUCAGAAGAAACCUAAAAGGAGAUUGAUUACUCAGGAAAUUGCUGAAACAUUUUUUACUGUUCCAAAGGACUUUUGUUGCCCAAUAUCAUUGGAUUUAAUGAGAGACCCGGUGAUAAUUUCCACAGGCCAAACUUAUGACAGAGGUUCCAUUUCCAGGUGGAUGGAAGAAGGCCAUACUACAUGCCCGAAAACAGGCCAAAUGCUCGCCCACAAUCGCCUCGUUCCGAAUCGUGCUCUGAGGAAUUUGAUUGUGCAGUGGUGCGCUGCACAUGGAGUUCCCCUUGACCCGCCAGAGGUCAUGGAUGCAGUGGGUGAAGGUUUUGCAUCAGCUUGUCCCAGCAAAGCCGCCCUUGAAGCCAACAGAGCCACUGCAACACUUCUCAUUCAACAGCUAGCUAAUGGAUCACAAGCUGGAAAGACUGUGGCUGCACGGGAGAUACGAUUGCUUGCAAAAACUGGAAGGGAGAAUCGUGCCUUCAUUGCAGAAGCAGGGGCAAUUCCUCAUCUUCGGAAUUUGCUUUCAUCACCUAAUGCUGUUGCUCAGGAGAACUCUGUGACUGCACUGCUCAAUUUAUCCAUUUUUGACAAGAACAAAAGUCGGAUCAUGGACGAGGAAGGAUGUCUAGGAUCAAUCGUGGACGUUUUGAGAUUUGGACACACGACGGAGGCAAGGGAAAAUGCUGCUGCAACAUUGUUCAGCCUAUCAGCCGUGCAUGACUAUAAGAAAAUAAUUGCAGAUAAGACGGGAGCUGUUGUAGCCCUGGCGGGGCUGUUGAAAGAGGGAACUCCAAGAGGAAAGAAGGAUGCUGUAACGGCUUUAUUCAAUCUUUCCACCCACACUGAGAAUUGCGGUAGAAUGAUAGAGGCAGGGGCAGUAACAGCUCUAGUUGGUGCUUUGGGGAAUGAAGGAGUUGCAGAAGAAGCGGCAGGUGCACUGGCCUUGGUCGUACGGCAGCCUAUCGGGGCAAAAGCAGUGGUGAAUGAGGAAGCAGCAGUAGCUGGAUUAAUGGCAAUGAUGCGUUGUGGAACGCCGAGAGGUAAAGAGAAUGCGGUUGCAGCAUUGCUUGAAUUGUGCCGGAGUGGAGGCGCAGCUGCAACAGAAAGAGUGGUUAAGGCUCCAGCUUUGGCUGGAUUACUUCAAACCCUGCUUUUCACAGGGACAAAGCGGGCAAGAAGAAAAGCAGCUUCACUUGCUAGAGUGUUUCAGAGGUGUGAGAAUGCAUCUCUACAUUACGGUGGAUUAGGUGUAGGCUAUGCCUUUGCUAGCAAUUCAACUACAACUAGGGAUACCAGCUUUGCCGGUGAUGUUUCAGUGCCAAUGUCCAUUUCUGUUUUAUAGUGGUUAAAUACUUCUGUGUUUAUUAAGUUCCCAAUUUUUGUUGCAAGUCUUUACUGAUUCUUUCAUUGAAAUUUAAAGUCAUAAGAAAUUAUAGCAAUACCAUAUGUAUUCUAAAAGGUUGACCAGUGUUGUUGAGCAGUUAGCUUCAACAUAUAUGUAAUCAGUUAAAUGAAGCAAGAACGAGAAUGCUCCACAAAAGAGUUAAGACCAUUUCAGGUGUCAUAUUUUUACCCCUUGUUUAUUCAAUUUAAGGGAUUUCUCGUACGGUAAUUCUACUUAUUUUCCACACUCGAUGAUUAUCAUAGGCCCAUAACUAUGCACAUAAGCAAUCAUAUCACUUGUAAUUGGGAACUUCUUUUUCCACACACUGAUAAACAAUCUUUUAUUAUUUGUCCUCAAAAGUGA